AUGCCAAUCUCGAAAGCGCCCAUGCUUGCCCCGACGACUCGUGGCGGCGGCGUCGGCUCACCUCACGCCUUGGUGCCGAGCCCCACUUCGACCAAAUCCCCUCACACCCAUGGAAUUUCUCCCACGGUCCUGACUGCCGUCUCCACGACUGAUCCCCGACCAAACUCGCUUUUAUCAAUCCGCCCAACCGCCGGCCAAAGUGCGCGGCCACAUCCAAGGUCCCAUCCAACUGGAAUCCCGAUGGCGUCCAUACUGUCUCCAGCACCAGCGCCGGCUGCCGCGAAAGCUCCUGGUUCCGUGACGAGCAAGGAAUGGGUCAUACCGCCUAGGCCGAAGCCGGGGCGCAAGCCGGCAACCGACACGCCACCUACUAAGCGCAAGGCCCAAAACCGUGCUGCACAGAGGGCAUUCCGUGAAAGAAGAGCGGCGCGGGUUGGUGAGCUGGAGGAACAGCUGGAGGAGCAGUCCGAGGAGCACCAGCGUGAACAGAAAAAGCUUCAGGACCGCAUCCAUGAGCUGGAGGUUGAGGCCCAGACUCUCAUGACCCGGUGUCAGGUGCUGGAGAACAUGCUUGAGAGAGAGCGGCUCGAGCGACGGAGGUGGAGCGAGGGCACUAUUCAUCAACCUUCUAUGGUGUCGUCAAGAAACGGGAGUGUCACGCUGCUCCCGCCGCAAAACGGGCAGCCAGGUGGUACAUUCGCUGGGGGGCCCAGCGUGUACAGCAGCCACCUCCAGUCAGCGUCUUCAAACCAGCCAGCCUUUGGAGCAAGGCAGAGCACUACGAGCACGACGUCAGCACCCGCGCCACGACACCCCGUCCACUCCUUUUCCAUUUCGCAGAUCAUCUCCCCGCCCGAGGAUGUGGAGACGGGUGAAUCGUCGUCGCUCUCGUGCGGCUCGUGUGCUCCGGGAGGGCCAUGCGCGUGCGCAGAGGAGGCUUUGGCAAACGCAGUGGUCGGAUGUGGGAAAUGCACACUCGGCUCCAAGUGCGAAUGUCUCGAGGCCACACUCAACGCCGCGAUGGGAUCGUCAGAUCUGAAGCGGCCCCAUCGGUCGACAUCGCCUUCAACUGCGCCGGGCGAGAAGAGGGCACGAUCCGAUGCGGCUAUGGAGAUCGACUUUACCACAUUCUUUUCUAGCAGCAAGCCGAAUCCUCCCAUGCCGGCAGCACCGCGGGCUUUCGCGCCUGGGUCGGUUCAGCUGCCUAUCCCGCCCGGGGGGUCCUGCGGAUUCUGUACCGAGGGGACCUACUGCGUCUGCGCUGAUGCAAUGGCUCCAGUGCUGUCGACAGCCCCGACGCCACCCGCCCCAAACCCAGUCGCCAAUGCAGCUCGUCAGGUGCAGACACCACCUCCAUCUGAGACGGAUGUCGUCCCGCCCCCACUAGAAGUGACGGCAACCGGGGCCAUCAAACUUCCUGGGGUGCAAUCAAUCAAAAAUGGCAACAGGCCUGCCGCAGCUGCUGAGAGGGUUACCGAACCAAAGUCCACGUGUGGGCCGGGAGGGCCCGGAACCUGUGCUCAAUGUCUUGCGGACCCGAUGUCUGGACUGUUCUGCCGUUCAUUGGCUGCAAACAUUGAGAGGAACAGCCAGGGCGGGAAGAGCGGCGGUGGUUGCUGCGGAGGAGGGGGCCCAGGUGGUUGCUGCAAAAAGCAACCGGCAACGACAGCAACGAAGCCACCAAGCAGCAAACUCGGCCUGAGCCUCUCCUGUGCCGACACUUACAAGACGCUAUCAAGUCAUCGCCAUUUCAACCGGGCAACAGACGAGAUCGCCAAUUGGCUGCCUCUCCUGAAAGCGGCACCGAGACCAGAGGCGGAGCAGCCCACUACCGGCACGGCCCCUCCUCGUCCUCCCAUCGAGGUUGAAGCUGCUAGCAUCAUGAGCGUGCUGAAAGGUUUUGAUGUCCGCUUUGGCAAUUCGGCUGCUUAGAAUGGCCGAGAUCUGUUUCAAUCACACCCAUCCCCACGGCAAGUCGAUCGCGUGCUCAAGCUAGGCACCAGUGAGAGAGCCAGUUUGAGGGAGAAAAGAUGAAAAAGAGAUAAAACAUUGAGGAUACGCGCAACGGAGCCGCUCACUUGACCCCAGGGUGCUAUGAGACGAGGCCUUUGCUGCAUGAAUUCCCUGCCAACAACCCCAGAUGCUCUUGGUGGGUUGCUUCAUAUGCCAGAUGACAAGGAAUUGAAGCCGAGUGACGAACCGCGGCAUGGAAACACAUGGGAGUGUCCUUGGUAAGAAGUCAGCUCCUACGAUCUCUCGAAUUGGCGUCGCGGUAUUUUUUUGAUGUUGCAGUCUCCACGGCUAGCUGCAUCAACACCUCGACAGCGGCGGAUCGUCGCCUGGGAGGACGAAUCACACCGGCAGAUUCACAUUGUAUCGCGGCGGGUGGAGGGCGACCCGGACAACGCAGCAAAUAGGAAGGAGAUUUGGGGCAGGCCUGCAUUGAUCACUCGGACAGGCCGCCUCUGUUCUCGAAGCACUCGCUGCAUCACGGGCUCUGUUUGCUUUUUUUUGUUGUUUGUUUUGCGAAAUUUAUCCACCUGCGCAUGCAAGCUCUUGACCACGCGCGGUUGCACCGAUGUGUAUUACCCGCAUCACCAUGGGUGUAUCAUCGCAUGUGGCAGUAUAAAAUGGGAAGUUCACGUCCGGGCUCAAGCCAAAUAUUGCUUUUACAUGACCCUUGGCAGCGGUUUUCGGUAACGGAUCCUGUGACAUUGUCG